AUGGAGAAAUACAAGACAAAGACAUUUUAUUCGGCACAACAUGACUAUUUUCUUCAACCAACUUCGGUACUAUCUCCUGUUACACGUGUAAUUGGAUUUCAACCAGGAACUAUUGUUUAUGGACCUACUCGUGCAAAUAAUGGUGUUUCAAGAGGCCAUACCGGUGGACAAGCUCCAGUUGGACAAACGCAAAAUCAGAAUAAUCAAAAUUCUGCCACAAAACGCCAAAACCAGAAUCAAAAUAAUGGUGGACAAUUUCCAAUAGGACAACCAGGGCAGAAUCAACGUUCAGGAAUUAGUCCAAACAUUGGAAAUACCGCUGGCAUUGUAACAAAUGGACAAUCAUGGAACGAUCAGAAUCAAAAUAAUGGAUUUAUCGUUGUACCAGUUCAAAAUGCAGAAGAUCGAAACUCUGGAUUAAGCCAAAAUCAAAAUACAGGAAUUGAAUCGAAUGAUGACAAUGUUGAUUCAUAUGCUUUUCUUGGGAGAAAAGAUAUUGAAAAUACGGACAAACCACAAAAUGUAACGGUCCAACUGCGAUUGAACAAUCAAAGAUUCCCCAAUCCUUAUCGAACAGGGCGCCCCCAGCAAAACCAACAAAAUCGACAAACAAAUAAUAAUCGCAAUCAAGGUGAAAACAUCCCCAAUCCAAAUACUCGCAAUCAAGGUGAAAACAUUGUUGUGACUAACAAUCCAUAUUGCACCGCUAUCGCAAAAGAAUUAAUUAAAAAAGGCGGAAACGUGCGUGAAGUAUUUAUUGCUGCGUCACUUUGUGAAGGUUUUGUUCAUCCUAUGGAUUCUGGACUUGGCGGCGGUUUUCAAGCUGUUUAUUAUAAUUUUGAAAAUAAUCGUCCAAACACCGUAUUUAUCGAUUCUCGUGAAAAGUCGCCUGGUUCCAGUAAAUUUACAAAAUCCCCAACCAAAAUUGGUGGAAAUAGUAUAGCAAUCCCUACUGUUUUAUCCGGUUAUGAACAAAUUUAUAACAUUGAAAGGCAUAAAAAUCGUUUAAAAUGGUCAGAUAUUAUUAAACCAGUAUUCGAUUUAUGCCAACAAGGAUUUCAUAUGUCGAAAGCGACGAAAGAGAUGAUUCAAGUUUUAAUUGGAAAUUAUAAUCAAACACAAGUUCGAGAGAAUAAAUUAUAUGUUCCUAAAUAUUGUGACACGUUAGUGCAAAUAAGUUUAGAUGGACCAUCAUCCUCGAUGUAUCGUGCAGAAGGACAUUUACAUAAAAAACUCAUUCAAGAUUUACGUGGAGUAAAAUCAACUAUCACUUCGAAAGACAUUCUUAAUAAUCGAGCACGAACCAGUCAACCAUCUGUUACAAAAUUCGAAAAAUAUACAGUAUACUCAACCAAAUCACCAGGAAGUGGACAAGCUGCGCUAUUUGCAUUGAAAAUCAUAGAACGUUUACGUCAAAUAUUAAGUACACGAACGACUACAGGCGACGAAAAAGUGGUUUAUUUGUUAAAAAUUUUAAAAUAUACCUACACAUUACAGCCUCAUUUACGGGAACUAUCUGAGGAUAAAAUUAAUAAAAUCAUUAACGAAGCUUCCAGUUCCUUAGCGGAUGGUAUUGUUAAAGCCGGUUUUAAAUUACAAAGUUCAAUACCUACUAAAUUUGGUGAUGUAACAUUACCAAAAUUACAAUCGCCAGCAAGUCAAGGUACAACAAAUAUUGUUAUAAAAAUUGGCAAAAGUGCCAUCACUGCUUCAAGCUCAAUAAAUAGCUUAUUUGGUUCAGGAAUAUUCUCUGAAACAAUGGGAUUCUUUUACAACAAUCAUUUAAGAGAUUUUAGUGCUCCGAAUUGGCGACUUAGAGAUAAACCAUUAAAAAAUGCUCCUGGUCCAAAUAAAGUGCCAAGUUCAUCAAUUUCACCAGUGAUUAUGGUAGAUGAUUCAACGGGAGAACCUGUAUUUCAAAUUGGCUCAGCCGGGGGUUCACAUAUUUUAAGUGCAAUGAUAAAUACAAUGUUUAAUUAUUUUAUUUUAAAUAAAUCAUUACAAGAUUCAGUGGAUGCAUGCCGAAUAAUGCCGAAAUUUAAUUAUUUACGUAACAAAGUGAGUUAUUUAUACGAAUGUAAGAAUAAUGAAGAAACUGCAAAUCGUUUGCGUAGUAUUGGUGUUGAUUAUAAAUUCAGUAAAACUGCAGGGUAUGCAGCGGUUACAACGCUAUCAAAAUUACGCCGUGGUGUUCCAGAAGCAGUGUUUGAUAGUCGACGUGGUGGUUCAAGUUAUGUUCAAUAA